AUGGCGAGGUCCCCGCGCGGCGGUGGCAGCAGCAGGUGCAGCAAGUCCUACUGGAUGUGCAGCUGCGGCGGAUGGAACUGGGAUUGGCGCACCUCGUGCCUUGGCUGCGGGUAUGCGGCCCCGCCUUGGGCGAUGGGGACGCCCCCAGCCAAGGCGAGGCCCAAGGCGGACAAGGACGGCUGGGUGGAUCAGCCACGUGGGCGCCGUGCCCAGAGGCAGGCCCGCGGCGCGGCCUCGCGGGCAGCCUCCACCAAGUCGCAGACCUCGGCGUCGGCAGCGAGUGGGACGCCCAGCGGUGGAGGCGCCACGGCGAUCGAGAGGCUCCAGGCGGCAGUCGAGCAGCUCGAGGCGCUGCAGGCCGAGCCGCCCGACGGAGUGGACGGCUGCUUCACCGACGUCGUGGCCAGCCAGCUGGAGGCGAAGCGUGCCGAGUUGGUCAGGGCCCAAAAGGCAGCAGCGGAGCAGAAGGCCUCUCCCCUGCCAUGGGCGACGCGGCCCCACAGGGAGGCGAACGCCAUCAGCAAGGGUGAGAAGCGGCUCCGGGCAGCCCGCCUGGAGCUCGAGCAGAAGCAGGAGGCGCGCGACCUCGUCGAGGCCCAGCUCCAGAAGGCCCAGGAGGAGCUCGCGGAGCUCGACGCGGAGGUGGAGGAGGCGACCCGUGCGCUCCAGGUGCUAGAGGAGGCAGCCCGUGAGGAGGCUGAGGCGCUGCGCCGCCAGCGCGCAGCCGAGUGGACAGGAGCCAGCCAGGUGCCAGGGUUAGCUGGAAAAGUGGCUCGGGCAGCCAUUCGCGCCCAGAUGGAGGCAGUGCGGGCGCAGCUCGAGGGGGCCCCAGUGGCCCCCAAGCGCGCGCCGUGGGCCGAGUCCUGCCCCAUGGAGGAGAUCAGCAGCGACGAUGGCGAUCUCGCGGACGGCGGCGGCCCCUGGCAGCCUCAGCCAGCAGCGGAGCGAGGUCCGCUGGGGGCCGCGUCGGAGGGGCGCAGCCAGGGCCAGCGAGCGCCUAGCGAGGCCUGUGCGGCGGGCCUGCGGCUGCACGAGAGCGGCACCGAGGUCGUCGAGAGCGACUUGGUAGAGCUCCACGACAUGGGCGUCCUCGACCCGCCCAGGGGCCAGGAGCGCGCUGCAGGGCCCAGCUGUGUCCUCAUCCUCCUGUGCGCCGAGGAGAACGUGGUUGGUGCCCUUGAGUUCGGCACUAGCGAGUGGAGCGACUCCAUGGGCAGAGCAGGCGUACCUGGGCAUCCCGAGACGAUGGCCAGGAUUGCGGAUCCGCAGCAGCCUACCGAGCAGCCACUCAGGGCGCGAGCUCAGGGACGGGAGGCGACAGCAGCCAGGUGCGCUACAGCCGCCACAGGUGCGCGCCGUGCCUCGCCCGUCGGCGCGGUGGUGCGAACCCAGUGGAGCGUCGUCUGGUGCCUCGAGCCGGAGUGGUGCAUGGUCAUGGACCUCGGUGACGAGUUCGAUCCCAUGUCCCUCGAGCCGCGGGCGAUGAGCUCGGUGGCAAGCACGUGUGCUCUGCAGGCCUUCUACCGCCAUGAGAGGCGGAACCUCUACUGCAGGCCCCUCUUGCUUUGGCAGUUGUUCGGGGGCGCCAUCGGGCUGCUGCCCAGGCCAGGAGUCGAGCGGUACGUGAAGGUGCGGCACGCGCGAGGUGCCUCCAUUCCCAACGCAUUCGUGGCGAUGCGUAGCUGGUGGAGUCGACCGCCUGUUGGUGUUGGCAGACACUACGGCAAGCAGUACGUCGAUGGCUCGGCCUUGAGCAGCGAAGGGUUCCCUCCUGCUGGCGGGAUCGGCCAGGUGCAGUCCGCGGCGGCAGCGGAGCCCCCGCAGGCUGGUGAGGCCCUCGGCGGCGGCGCUCCAGCCACGCGGCCACGCCUGGAGGACAGCCGCUCGACGGGGAGCAGCACGGCCGCCCUCUCGGCCACCGCUGUCGCCUUCAGCAUCCUGGGGCACGUGCUCAGCUAUGCCUGCGCGGGCGAAGGUGGGGACACCCAGGAGAUCGUGGCGUGCGCCAAGUGUGGCGCCUACAGGGUGCUGGGCAGCCACGCAGGAGGCAAGUCUCGCCUGAAGGUGCAGUGCCCAGGGCUCAGCUACCUGACCAACAAGUCGGGCAGGAACCAGCGCAGCCCGUGGGAGCGAGGGCCCCAUCCUGGUGGCAGGCCUCGAGCGGACAAGCAGAGAGUGAGAGCAGAGGGCACCCCUGCCUUGCGCUCGCAAGGGCCAGUGCCAGGACGCGCCCAGGAGCGCUACCUGGGGUGGCUCGGCAUGGGGGCGGAGCCUGCAGGCCCGAGUGCUGGCGCCCUCGGCGCAGGUGAGGCCGCCGAGGGGGAGCGCGCAGCCGCGGGCGCCGCGCCUGGCGGCGGCCUGGUGAGCCGUAGGGUCCGCCGCCGCCUGGCGCGCCGCGGCUCGGAGUCGUCGGGGAGUGAGUGA